AUGUACGGGAAACGACUCUGGAUUCAUAACUCACCGGACCCAGAUCGAGCGUCCAACUCAGCCGGAGUAGCUUUUGUGCUCAACAGGGACCUGGUAAGCACAGCCAACUGCGAAACGAAAGUGAUCGAGGAGGGACGGGCAACGGCCCUGACACUACGAUGGCACGACCGAGACACAGUCACUAUAGUGAAUGUGUACGCACCGAACGAAUCGGGCCGUCACGCGGCCUUCUGGAACGGAAUUAGAGACGCGAGAAGACAAGGUAUAAUACCCAAGGUGGACAUACUUUUAGGCGACUUUAAUGUCGUGGAAGAUGAUGUAGACAGGGCUCCACCAAGGAAGGAGCUGGAAAAUGCCGUAACGGCCCUGCGCGAAUGCCGACAAGCGCUGAAUAUACACGACGUGUGGCGGGAAGAAUACCCCUCCUCGAGAAACUAUACAUACAUCAGCAAAGCAACGGGCUCGAUGUCGCGACUAGACAGAAUGUACAUAGCGGAGGAUAGAAGGAAAGACGUAUAUGAAUGGUGCUGUCAAACCGCGAAUGUCAAGUCUGACCACCGGAUAGUCUGGAUGAAGUACGCACCAACGGCAAUGCCCUAUAAUGGGUCAGGCAGGUGGACUUGGCCUCUGGGAUUUGUGAACGAAUGGCACGCGAUUGCAGCGAUUGAAGCGCGAGGAAUGAGACUCCAGGACGAGCUCAGGAACCUGAAAAACGAGCAACGAUCACCGGAGAAGAACGCGCAAACUCUGUGGAAAGCUUUCAAAGAAGAUAUGAUAACCACCGGGGCGUUGAUCACAGGCGCCGUCAUGUCGCGAACGAGACGGAAAAUAGCAACCUGGGAGACCAUCCUACAAAUCGAAAUGGAGAAGGAGGGGAUAGAUCGCAUAGACGACGAAGAGCCACGGCGGAAUGUCGCCGUGCUAGAAGAG